UUAUCCCAGUAAAUCUCCUGCGCGUCACUGUCUGUCCUCUAAUAUUAAAGCCAACGCAGAUCUGCAGCUGACAGAUCAGAACAGAGUGACUCUUUUCCACGUUAAAAUCAUCAUCUGAUCGAUCAUGGCGGGAACUGUGGCGCGUAAAGCGGUGGAUUAUUUGCGCAGUAAAGAUUUCAGAGAUUAUCUCAUGAGGUCACAUUUCUGGGGUCCUGUGGCAAACUGGGGCCUGCCUAUAGCCGCAAUCUCUGACAUGAAGAAGAGUCCAGAGAUCAUCAGCGGCAGAAUGACCUUUGCUCUCACCUGUUACUCACUCUUGUUCAUGAGGUUUGCCUACAAGGUGCAACCCAGAAACUGGCUUCUGUUUGCCUGCCAUUUAACCAAUGAAACAGCACAACUCAUCCAGGGCAGCAGACUCAUCAAAUACAACAUGGAGAAGAAGAUGGCCAAAUGAUGGAAGUUUCUGUGAUCAAAGCUGUAUCGCAGCGUGUUUUGGCGACAUCUGGUGGAUUUAGCAUACAUAUUAUAUCAUAGAUUAUAUUGAUUUCAUAUAAUUAUCAUUUAACCCUUCAGACCUUCUUUCAGAUUGUCUCUACUGUUACACACAACCAUUUUUAAGACGUAUGACAAGGUCUUGAAGUUUUUAGUUUGUAAUUUAGAUUUGUUUGGGGUUAAUUUAUUUCCAUACAUGAUGUCUGUUUAAAAAUAAAAUAAAAAUGACAGAUUUUAUUAACUGCAGUAGUUAAUUGAGUUUACCUUUAAAUGCAAAU